CCGGAGGAUCUCUCGCGAGGAAGGACGCCAUUAUCGCAGCCGCCCGACCAAACACCACGAGAAUUCGGCAAGGCAAACGAUUUAGAUUUGCAUGCAUUGACAGCUCAUUGCUGCUGCCUGAUUCUGAAUGAUGACAGAACAGGACUUAGCUGAUGUGGUUCAGAUUGCUGUGGAGGACUUGAACCCGGAUCACCCAGUUGUGUUGGAAAAUCAUGAAGUGACGGAUGAAGAUGUAGACCCGCCUUUAAAGCGCCCCCGGAUAGAGAUUAAUUGCCAGGAUCCCUCCAUCAAGUCGUUCCUGUAUUCCAUUAACCAAACGAUCUGCCUGCGCCUGGAUAGCAUCGAGGCAAAGCUGCUGGCCCUUGAAGCCACUUGCAAGUCCCUGGAAGAGAAGCUGGACCUGGUCAUGAACAAGCAGCACAGUCCCAUCCAGGUCCCCAUGGUGGCAGGCUCCCCGCUGGGGGCGACACAGACAUGCAACAAAGUGAGAUGUGUCGUCCCUCAGACCACAGUAAUACUUAACAACGAUCGUCAGAAUUCCAUUGUAGCCAAGAUGGUGGGGCAAGAAGAGCCCUUGAACAGAGCAGCAGAUUCACUGGAGAAUAUCCUGAGCAAUGCUGUUCCUGGUCGUAGACAGAACACGAUUGUAGUGAAGGUCCCGGGGCAUGAAGACAGUCACAACGAAGAUGGGGAGAGCGGCUCUGAAGCCAGUGACUCAGUCUCCAACAGCGGCCAGUUAGGAAGCCAGAGUAUUGGAAACAACGUUACCCUUAUUACACUGAACUCCGAAGAGGAUUAUCCUAGUGGAACGUGGCUGGGAGACGAGAACAACCCCGAGAUGCGGGUGCGUUGCCCCAUCACGGCCGCAGACAUGCUGCACAUCAGUACCAACUGUCGCACUGCCGAGAAAAUGGCGCUGACGUUGCUGGAUUACCUCUUUCACCGGGAAAUCCAAGCCAUCUCCAACCUUUCCGGGCAGGGGAAGCAUGGGAAGAAACAGCUAGAUCCUCUCAUGAUUUAUGGCGUUCGCUGUCACCUUUUUUAUAAGUUUGGAAUCACAGAAUCCGACUGGUAUCGGAUCAAGCAGAGCAUAGACUCCAAAUGCCGAACAGCCUGGCGGAGAAAACAGCGAGGCCAGAGUCUGGCAGUGAAAAGCUUCUCAAGGCGCACACCUUCCUCGUCAUCAUAUAGCGGCUCAGAGAGCGCUCAGAGUACGGCGUCUGCCCCAAACGAGAUCCAAGCAAACCAGCCACAAGCUCUGCACUAUGCUCUGGCCAACGCCCAGCAAGUCCAGAUCCAUCAGAUAGGAGAGGACGGGCAAGUCCAAGUAAUCCCGCAGGGUCACCUCCACAUAGCCCAGGUGCCACAAGGAGAGCAGGUGCAGAUCACGCAAGACAGCGAGGGUAACUUGCAGAUACAUCAGGUUCAUGUUGGACAAGAUGGGCAGGUGCUACAGGGUGCUCAGUUGAUUGCCGUUGCCUCCUCCGAUCCCGCAGCUGGUGGUGUUGACGGAUCGCCGCUCCAAGGGAGUGAUAUCCAAGUCCAGUAUGUCCAGCUGGCGCCUGUGACGGACCACUCGGCCACGAAUCAAAGUGCGGAUUCCCUCCAGUCGGCCAUCCAGCCAGAAAUGCAAAUAGACCACGGGGCCAUUCAGAUCCAGUGAGCGGGAGCCGACGGGAGAAAAGCAGCC